UAUAAAAAUACGACCUAUUAUCUCUCUCCUUGCUUUGUUCUUCCUCACAAUCACUCAAUCGCUAGCAGCGUUAAUACAAUUGGCUUGAACAAUGGCUACAUUUGCAGAGAAGAGCUUUGACUCUAACAACUAUAAUCAAAACAGGCCCAAGUACCCGCGUUCCUUGUACGAGGCACUGUUCGAGUACCAUGACGGUGGUAAGCACACAGCUAUCGAUAUCGGUUGCGGCCCUGGCACUGCUUCAUUCCAGCUCCUGCAGUACGUUGAUAACGUCAUUGCCACUGACCCUUCAAACACCAUGGUUACCACGGGUCUCAAGUCGAUUACGCCUGAUGUGAAGGACCGUAUUCGAUUUGAAGUGGCAUACGCAGAGGACCUUCACCAAGUUGUCCCUCAAGACGGUAGUGUGGACCUGAUUGUAAGUGCCGAGGCACUACACUGGGUAGACCACCCCAAAUUCUUCAAGGAAGCCUCGAGGAUAUUGAGAUCUGGUGGAACGUUGGCGUACUGGGCCUACAUUAAUCCACGGUUUGUCGACCAUCCCAAGGCCACCGAAAUCUUUGAUAAAUACGAGUUUGAUGACCCACGUUACCUGAAGACAUAUUGGAGCCAGCCUGGAAAGGGCAUCUGUACAAACUUCUACAACGACAUUAAGGUCCCCACGGAGCUCUUCACAGACAUUGAAAAGCACGACUACAUCCCCGGUGAGACGAAGACCCACACGGCGUUCUUCCUUGGUGAUGAGAAGUUCACGCUGAAGAAGCUGCGUGCAAAUAUCACAACCUGGAGCGCUACCCAUAAAUGGAGAGAGCAGCAUGCCGGUGAAGACUGCGAGGACAUAGUGGAUCUACUCAUCAACGAACUGAAAGACACUCUUGGUUGGGAUGACGAUACAGAGGUCACCAUGGAGUAUGGUACUACCUAUGUCUUUGUGAGAAAACCGUGAUUGCCAUGUUUCUUUGUUGAUAAUUUACAUAGUUUUCAGCCAUAUUUGCGCCAAAUGUUGAUGAUGUAAACAAA